AUGAGCAACCAACAAGAGACGCAAUGUGCUGUGCAGGAGUCGAGAAAAGAGGGGGCGAGAAGAGAGAAGGGGGGCAAAGCAGGGAGAAAAAGGGGAGACGAGUGUGUACAGUGCGUGGAAGAAGGAGCUUUCAAGGGCGUAAGGAGCUCUCACGAGCACAUGGAGCUCACAGGAAGGAGAUUUUCCUGCCCGCGGCAAUGGAGCUUGCAGCGCCAGAGGCAAGGGGAGGAGGAGAACAGAACACGAGACGCAAGCAGCACACAAGGAGGUUCGUUCGAGUGGCACUCUCUCCUCCACAAGGAGAAGAAGGAGGAGGAGGAGGAGGAGGAGGAGGAGGAGGAGGAGGAGGAGGAGGAGGAGGAGGAGGAGGAGGAGGAGGAGGAGGAGGAGGAGGAGGAGGAGGAGCAGGAGGAAGAAGAAAGAGCACAAGACCGUUCGUGUGCCACGUUCUCCUCCACACAUUGA